AUGAACACAGGCAGCUCGUCCAUACAUACAUUCUGCGCUGGUGUAUAUGUACUGUACAUACCUUGCAGUGAAGAUAUCAGAGAUGAAGGACAUCACAGCCAACUCCAGCUGGCUUAUCAACUCCUCUGGUUGAAAAUGUGGCUGGAAUACCCCACUCGGCAACCAGUUCUCCACCAUAAUUGCCUGGUUCGCGAUCACAACCUGUAUGUGGUUAGGCGGGUAUUUGAUUGGACUGAAGUUUCAGAGAGAUUCAAACAAGAUCCUUCCAAUCCAAAGCUUGAAGUCACGCAUAUACCCCAUUCAGUAAUGUUAGCAAUCGUCACUGUUGAUGGUGAGCUGCAGUUGGUACGAAUAUGCAACAUUUAUAAAGAGUUAGAUAUUGACUGUCCAAGCAAUGCUCUUAUCUUAACACCUGAGGCCCAUAGAGUCUUCAGCAACUUUCAAAUGUCCUUUGAAGCCACGGAUGCCAAACACGCUUACAAGGUAGUUCACCAGAUGACAGGGUUUCAUUAUCUUCAGUCUGCCAGCAAAAAGAGCCUUGCUCCUCUCACCAAGUCACAUCAUUGA